AGAGAAGGAUUUUCCCGCACUGAAAGCUGGAAGUGACGUACUUCCUUCGCGGUAAAUGGUGCUGCGUGCGACAGAUGCCAGCGGAAAAAUACAGCAACACAGAAAUCUAAACAGGUGCAAUUCAAACUUUCUUCGGAGCUGCUGGCCAAGUAGAAGUUGUCACUAUGUUGCACGCGUCACAGUCUGCAUGUUGAUGUAGAACGUCCCUUGUUGCGCAACAUCUUCAACGCGCGCCUUCCAUCCCAUCAGCUUUCUAAAGUUCCGCCCUCUGGAAAGACAGGUGGAAAUAUGAGCAAGGCCAGAUCCAGCAGGGUGACCCGUAGCUCCACCCCCCAGGCCUGGCACACAGAGCCGCCCCAGGACUCUGGGCCUGGCCCACAUGGGACCCAGCAGAGGAAGCAGACAGACUCAGCCCUACCCCUGGCCCAGGACCUCAGUCAAAUGAGUGUGAGUGGACAGGACACCUCACUACCACGGAAAGGGAGGGUGUCUAAGGGCAGCAGUGGCCCCAUCCAGGGGGGUCCGUCGUCCUCUGGCUCUAAGCCUACACAGAGCUCCCCCUCUGGGCCGGCAAUGAAUCCCUCUCCCCGGGGAGGCCUGGCUGCUGUGGCUCGACUGGUGAAACUGGGGCGCUGUAAGAACGUGGUGGUAGUGGCCGGUGCAGGCAUCAGUACGGCCAGCGGUAUCCCAGACUUUAGGACCCCGGGCACAGGGCUGUAUGCCAACUUGGCCAAGUACAACAUCCCCUACCCGGAGGCCAUCUUCAACAUCGAGUACUUCUCCAAUGACCCUCGGCCCUUCUUCUCCCUGGCCAAGGAGUUGUACCCAGGCAGUCACCGACCCAACUACAUCCACUACUUCAUCCACAUGCUGCACCUCAAGGGCCUGCUGCUCCGCAUGUACACCCAGAACAUUGACGGCCUGGAGAAGAUAAGUGGCAUCCCAGACGAGAAGCUGGUGGAGGCUCAUGGAAGUUUUGCGACUGCUUCCUGUCACCUGUGCUACACCCCAUUCCCUGCCCAGGAGGCCAAGAGUGCCAUAAUGAGUGACAAGGUCCCGGUCUGUACAUUCUGCCAGGCCACGGUCAAACCGGACAUAGUGUUCUUUGGAGAGGACCUUCCUGAGAAGUACUUCCUGCAUUCUAAAGACUUCCCUAAAGCUGACCUGCUCAUCAUCAUGGGCACGUCUUUACAGAUCGAGCCCUUUGCCAGCCUGGUGAACACAGUGAGGUCCACAGUUCCGCGGCUGCUCCUGAACCGGGACGCAGUGGGUCCCUUUCAGAAGGUGCCCCUGAGGAGGGGCGACUACAUAGAGCUGGGGGACCUGGUGGACACGGUCAGGAGGUUUGGUGAAUUCCUAGGGUGGCAUUCCGAGAUCCAAGACCUGAUGACCAGUCAGGAAAAUGGGACCAUCCCUACUCUGGUAAGCAAUGUUUCAUCAGGAAGGGGCCGAGAAGGGCCCACCCAGACCAAAGCCACUGGCCUGGGGAGGAGAGGGGCAUCAGAGCCCCGAGGAAGGUUGCCCCCUAAAUCCAGGCCAGGGGCCCGUGGCCCCACCAACGGCAGCAGUGAGAGCGACUCCGAGUCAGACAGCAAGAGCAUAGUUUCAUCCAGCCCAAGUCACUUGUACACCCGUCUAUGCAGUACCCCUCUGGGAUUCAACACUUCACAUUUUGAAUUAAAGACCAUUGAGCACUUGUAUUUUCAGGACAAAAGAUGAAAUUAUCCUUUUUUAAAUGUUUUGACUUAUGAAUGGACUAGUAGGGCAGUUUCCUUUUUUCAUCAUCCUCAUGAAAGGUUCAGAAGUUAACGCCAGGAUAAGGGUUGUCCUUAAUUCAUGUGGUUUUAACUGUAUACUUCAUGUAUUCCUUUUGGUUAGAUUUAUUUUGGACAGGACUGUAUUGUUAUUAAUUGUACAAAAAUACAUAUUUAAUAAAUUAAACUUAGCCUUUUG